CAGUGUCAGCCAGGUCCUGACCCACUGAAACAUUCACGGCGACGUGCUCCUUGUUCGCGAAAAGCGCGACUCGUACAGGGAGCUUGCGAGAGCUAACGCUCAAUAAAAGCCCAGCUCGCAACAUUAACUCGAUUCUCAUUGCAUCGCCGGUCACACCACAACACUGCCCGAUUAAUAAUAGUGUUCGAUUGCGCAUUCGAAUGAUCCCAUCUACGUCGACAUCGACAUCGAGUUAGUGAUCGGCGACCUCGACACAAAUGGCUGUCGACCCAAGCCAGAACGUGAACGGGGACUUGCUCCCUCAUGUCCACCUGCUAUCAACGUUCAGAUAUGCGUCCAUGCCGAGAGUCGACUUGGGGGAGGUAACAAAAUGGUUAAUGCAGGCGCCCAAGAUUGCGCGCGACACAGCCCCUUUCUACUGGACCUACCUCGAUUGCCCGAGCGACGGCUCCAUUUUCCUAACGUGGCAACCGACCGCCCGCCGCGGUGUCGAUUUCGCCAGUGAUGGAUAUGUGUGGGCCGGCCCGGAGGUCACAUUCCAACGCGACGCCGGCAAUGGUUUGGUACUUGAGAUAUAUUUUCAGCGGACCGGCUAUCGCAUCGGCGAGCAGUUUUCCAUGCACUCCAGGAGACGCUUCCGCCUCUGCCCGCCACAAGCACCUGUUCCGAACCUUCCACAGGUCGACCCAAACCUCUGGAUCGUCCACUAUGGACCGGCGGAGAAGACGGACAGACUCCCUGCCAACGCGAUUGGCAUUCCACCCCAAAUGCAGCAGGUGCUGAGCUUCCGCCAACAUCUGUUCCAGAUGGGCCAGAUCGUCCGCAAGGAGUUCAUGUUGUCCGACCGUGUCAAUUGGCCCCAGAUUCCGUUUCCUCAGCGUGGCCAGUCCAUGUAUGCGCCGGCCAUGCCGCCGCGUCACGUCCCUCAGGCCAUGGCGUAUCCUCCUCACCCUGGCCCGGCCGUUGGCCCAACACCUAAGAGGCGAGGCGGGCACGGUCCGGCGGGCCAGCCUCAGAUGAUGGGCGCUGGCUAUCAGAACGUUGAGGGUGCUUUCGACGAUGAGGAGGACAUUUCUCGUGGUGAUAUGUUUGACCAUCUCAGCCCAAGAGAAAUUAGCAUGGCACGGUAUCAACAAAACCACGAGUGGAUGGAGGAGAUUUUGUCUUCACCGUACCGCAUCGGCCAGAUCGAGGCUGCGGAUCUUGGCUUGGGGCGGAAAGGCGAGCUUGCCUCCCUCACAGAGGGAAUCUUCGAAGCCCAAGGAAGUGAUGCCCUAACCACAGGGCCUAAGAAGCCAUAUACGGGCCAACUUGAUCCGGGGCUGGCCGAAGAGUUCCGGAAACGAGUCCGGGAGAGAAACGAAGCUGUCAAGGCGGAGAUUGAGCAAAUGAAAGCGCAACACUCGAAGAUGUUGGCAAAGUUCAAAGGCAACGCGGUUAUUAGAGAUGCGGAGCAAGCGCUAUGCGCCGCAUCCCAAGACACGGUCGCCGAGUUCUGGCGACUUGAAGGCAAGUUUGAGGAUGGUGAGGAAGCCGUAAAUGGGAAGGCACACAAAUCUCUGGAGGAAAUCCUAGCAAGCGUUGAGGAGGUAGUGGGCAAGCGAGCGGUCGUCGUACACGACGUCCAUCGGAUUCAAGACGGUGGCUAUCAGGAACCGGCACCCGAACCAGAAAUCGUACAACCACCGCCUCAACUGCCCGGCGACCCGGCCGGUACAGGUCUUCCGGCGUCCAUGUCUCGAGGGCCCUCCCACGCAGGAUCACACGCCAGCGGAGUGAUGAUCGGCGACUCUGAUAUUGAUAUGGGGGGAACAGCAGCUGGCCUCCUCGAUCAAAUGCACACCGGCUUCUCGUCGACAUCCACCCCCAUUAACAACUUCCCCACCCCUCAGCCUCAUCUAUCCGCCAUUCCUUCCAGCGUGGCAACUCCCGCGAAUCUUAAUGUCCCAUCUCCACACCCUGCACACGCGCCCACAUCGCAACCGUCCGCCCUAGCGCAAGGCGAUGUCCGCAUGGACAAUAGCGCCUUGUCAAAAGACACCACAACCACCGCUCCGGACCAAGGUACCGGCAGCGGCGAUUGGGUAGUUGUUCCCAAGGACGACUUACCCCCUCAUCCCAACCAGAAUCCCUCUUCUGCAAUGCAAUCCGCCGGGGCUGCUAUUGCCCCGGCGCAACAACAGCAACCUGCUUUAAGCAAGCCGGUCUCCGCAGCAGCUACACCGCUCAAUUUCGACGCAGACAAUAACGAUUUCAGCUCGCUUGGCGACCUGGACACGGCCGGCGACGCCCUGGCCAGCUACGACCCGCCCAGCGGCGACGAUGACGACCUAAACAUGGACAUGGUCGAGGACUCGGCAUUCGGGGACGCCUUCCACGGCGUCGAGCACGCACAGGAGGGAAGUACCCCUGCCGACGGUGGGCUGUAGGACGCUCAAUGGCAGGGGGAUGAGUUGCGAGCGAAGUUAUCUGGAGCGCGGAAAAAAUGCCUGUUUGGUUGCUUCUUUUAACCUUUCCUCUCUGAGAACAAGCAGUAAG